AUGCCCGCGCCUUCGUUCCUCAUGGACCUAGCAGUCCGGAGGCGCGACGCUUCCUCCCUGUACAUGUGGAUACCUCGGAGGUGCUGCAUCUGGAGCACAAGGACGAACCGCACGAGAGGGACGGGCGGAAGGACGACCACGCAACUGCACGGCACUGCUGCGACAUGCACGACUACACCGAGUAGCUUCCGCUGCACCUACGUGUCUAGUGGAUUUCAUGACUGGUAUAGCCCUUAUGUGUAUGUGAUGCAUAAAGAUAAGUUGAAUGGAACAAACUAUGCGGAUUGGAUCCGCAACCUGAGAAUUGUUCUCAGGGCUGAGAAAAAGGAAGAUAUUCUAGACACCCCAUUACCUGUAGAGCCUACUGAUAAUGCACCUGCUGCUGAGAAAAAUGCUUACAAGAAGGCAUGUGAUGCUGAUCUUGAAAUGCAGUUUGACAACAACCAUGCAGCGUACGAUAUGAUCGUGGCGCUCAAUGAUAUGUUCCAGACUCAAGCCAGGAAUGAAAGGUUCAAUGUCUCAAAGGCUUUUGUUGAAACCAAGCUAGCAGAGGGCGCAGCAGUAGGGCCACAUGUGAUCAAGAUGGUUGGUUACACUCAGAGGUUGGAGAAGCUAGGCUUCCCAAUUGGCCCAGAGUUGGCUACUGAUUUCAUUCUCGCGUCUCUUCCACCUAGCUAUGGGAACUUCAUCUCGAACUACCACAUGCAUGGGGCGGAAAAGGGCUUGAAUGAAUUGUGUGGCAUGCUUAAAACUGUAGAGGCUGAUAUCAAGAAAGGUGCUGGCAGUAGCCAUGUGAUGGCAGUCCAAAAUAAGCCCCGAUUUAAAAAGAAGGGCAAUUCUUGGAAGAAGAAGAAGGGCAAGGCUAAAGGUGAGAACUCUAAGCCAAACCCACCUGCGCCCAAGGCUGGACCAACUGCUGACACUGAAUGCUAUCAUUGUAAGGGGAAAGGUCACUGGAAGAGGAACUACAAGCUGUACUUAGAAUCCAUGAAGGAUAGCAGCGGUAAAGGUCAUAUAAGCGAGAAUCGCAUGAAGAGGCUCCAUGCUGAUGGGCUUUUAACUUCAUUUGAUUUUGAAUCAUACGAGACAUGUGAGGCUUGUUUGCUAGGGAAGAUGACCAAGGCGCCUUUCAUAGGUUUUCCUUAG